AUGAAUCAAUCUCUUAUAUAAAUUAGGCAAUAAAGAAGAAUUCAUUCUAACCACAAAAAAUAUUCAAAACCAUUACCUCAAAAUGGAUCUAAACGCAAUACUACUCUGAUUUAAGAUCGAUCAGUAUUCAUAAACGAAAGAAUAAACAAAAAUCUUAGAAUUCAAAGGAAUACUUUUGGGGAGUCAAGUUGCUAUUGUGAUACAUGUGGUAAACGAUCUAACAUUAUGAAAAAGAUAUUUCAGUUAUAUUAAUUUCCAUAAACUAAGUACCUUAUUAUCCAAAAUAAAUAGCCAAUGGAGAAAGCAAAAAUAGUUUCGUAAAUUUAGAAGACUUAUCAAUUAUACAGAGUAAUGAAAAGAAUCAAGAGAAAAAAAAAAUUUACUAUUAAGAAAGUACUAACUAAAUAGAUUGUCAAUGAACAACAAAUUAAACCAUCGACUAUUUAAAGUGCUAUUUUAGAACUGAAGCAAAUAAUUAGAGUGGAUUCAACGUAGCAAUCCAAGAGAGUCAAGCAGAAAAGCAAGGAUACCCAAUAUUAAUACUCCUCUUUACUUAAAGGAAGAAGGAAUUUAAGAUCAUUAUUUUUUAUUCCCUAAUUUGAGAGUCCGAUCAAAUAAUAUAUUAUUAAAAAUUCGAAACCAAAUACUGUUCAUCACUCUCCUAUGUAAUCAUUGUACGAUUUCAAAAUAUAAUCCUCUUUUAGAGGAUCAUGA